AUGGCGUCUGUCUUCAUGUCAGUUCUGUGUGGUAGAAAGUUGUCAAUAAGCAGUCGUUGUCUGGUGACUGUAACACAAUAUGCUGAGCUUCAACAACUUUUCACCACAAAUACUAGAGCAUUGGAUAUCUUAAACCUUUACACCAAACACUAUACAUCCAACCUAGAAAAUACCAAGAAGAAACAAGUUGAAAAUUUAAACAGACUUACCAAGACAGAUAAUCCUACGACUAGAAACAUAGUUCACAAUUACAGUUCGAGAUUACUAAGUGAUAUAGAAAAUAAGGUUCUCAAACUAGGUCUAAACUUCUCCAUACAACCUAGUACAGUUCCAACUGUUGACAUAGUUGCAACCUUAGAAUCUGCUGCACAAAACCUCCCGAAACCUAUGGCUGAAGAAUUCCGACAUCAAACUUACACCACUCUCAGGAAUGCCAAGAAACCAAAACCGAACAACACUAAACAAGAAUGCAGUGCACUUAACCGUCUAAAACGAGACAAUAUCAAGAUCCUAUCAGCAGACAAAGGAAACAGUAUAGUCAUCCUAGAGGUUAAAUAUUAUAACACGAUGAUCAAGCAGUUACUAGACAAACACCAGUAUAAAAAGAUCACCAAUGACCCUACAGAAAAGACAAAUUUAGUCAUCAAUAGAACACUGAACAAACUUAAGAAACAAAAUUUAAUAAACGAGGAGCUAUCUUUAAGAACCAACGAAAACUCCCCCCCUCAGUUCUACGGACUUUCUAAGGUACACAAACCCAACAUACCUUUAAGGCCUAUCGUCAGUAUUAUAAACUCACCUUGCCAUCAACUAGCUACCUUCCUAGUACCUAUCUUAUCUCCACUACGAGGAAACACCGAACAUCGCAUUCAAAACUCGACAGAUUUCAUAGGACAACUAGGAAAGCUACACAUCAGAUCCCAGGAUAUUCUGGGCAAUUUUGACGUCACAUACCUAUUUACCAAUGUUCCAGCCUCAGAAACCCUUCAGAUCACCAGACAACGACUGCUUAUUGACAACUCUCUACCACACAGAACUGACAUGAAGAUAGUCGCCUUCAUGGAACUAACGACUAUUUGCCUACAAUCAACUUAUUUCCAAUACAACGAAGAAUUGUACAAACAAACAGAUGGUCUAGCCAUGGGAUCAUCACGCUCUUCAAUCUUAGCAGACAUUUUCAAGGAAGACUUUGAAGAAAGAGCCCUUUCAUCCACAUCUAUAAAUCCAAGUUUCUACGUACGUUAUGUUGACGACAUCAUCGUUAUUUGA